UACAGUGUUUUAUUAUUUUCGUAUUAAAAUGAAGUGAACAGUGUAGGCUGCUUAGUUCAGAAUGGGAGCCCUGCAAAGGGUUAACCAGCAGAGAAUUACAAAUGAACUAUCAGGAAAGUUGAUUAUUAAUCCAGCAAGAGAGAAAAUAUCCUUCCAGUUAGCAAGAAUUAGUACCUGAAGAGCUGAUAAUAUUGUUCAGGCUGUCGGUGUGGAAUGGCAAAGCCAGAAGAAUGUCUUCCAAGCAGGCUGCCUCUCCAUUUGCAUGUGCAGCUGAUGGAGAGGAAACAAUGACCCAGGACUUAGCAUCACGAGACAAAGAAGAGGGCAACAGUGAUCAGCAUGCGACCUCUCAUCUGCCUCUCCAUAAUGUAAUGCACAACAAACCUCAUUCUGAGGAGCUACCAACUCUGGUUACAACCAUCCAACAAGAUCCUGAGUGGGAUGGAGUCAUCUCAGCCCAACACAGAAUGGAGUCCGAGAAUAGUAAGUUAUGUUCCCUAUAUUCCUUCCGAAAUACCUCUACCUCACCAAACAAGCCCGAUGAAGGAGGACGUGACCGCAGUGAGCUAAUGACCAGCAUUAAUUUUGGAACACCAGAACGCCGCAAAGGAAGCCUUGCAGAUGUGGUGGACACACUGAAGCAGAAGAAACUAGAAGAAAUGACCAGGACUGAGCAAGAGGAUUCAUCCUGCAUGGAAAAGCUACUUUCUAAAGACUGGAAGGAGAAGAUGGAAAAAUUAAACACAAGUGAUCUCCUUGGAGAAAUUAAAGGUACACCAGAAAGCCUGGCAGAAAAAGAGCGACAGCUCUCCACUAUGAUCACCCAGCUGAUCAGCUUACGAGAGCAGCUCCUGGCUGCCCAUGAUGAGCAGAAAAAGCUGGCAGCCUCACAAAUUGAAAAACAACGGCAGCAAAUGGACCUUGCUCGCCAACAGCAAGAACAGAUUGCAAGACAACAGCAGCAACUUCUGCAACAGCAGCACAAAAUCAAUCUACUGCAGCAGCAAAUUCAGGUUCAGGGUCACAUGCCUCCGCUCAUGAUCCCAAUUUUUCCACACGACCAGCGGACACUGGCAGCGGCUGCUGCAGCCCAGCAGGGAUUCCUCUUCCCCCCAGGAAUAACUUACAAGCCAGGUGAUAACUACCCUGUGCAGUUCAUUCCAUCAACAAUGGCAGCUGCUGCUGCUUCUGGACUCAGCCCUUUACAGCUCCAGCAACUGUAUGCUGCUCAGCUGGCAAGCAUGCAAGUUUCUCCUGGAGCCAAAAUGCCAUCUACUCCACAGCCACCCAAUUCGACUGGAGCACUCUCACCCACUGGGAUGAAAAACGAGAAGAGAGGGACCAGCCCGGUAACUCAAGUUAAGGAUGAAGCAGCCCAGCCACUGAAUCUUUCAGCCCGACCCAAAACAGCCGAACCUGUCAAAUCCCCAACGUCUCCAACACAGAACCUCUUCCCAGCUAGUAAAAGCAGUCCAGUGACAGUGACGAACAAGAGUGGCAUCCCCAGCCCACUUGGUGGAUCUCUGGGAAGAGGAUCCUCUUUAGACAUCCUUUCCAGUCUUAAUUCACCUGCCCUAUUUGGGGACCAGGACACAGUAAUGAAAGCCAUUCAGGAGGCUCGGAAAAUGAGAGAGCAGAUCCAAAGGGAGCAGCAGCAGCAACAGCAGCCGCAUGGUGUUGAUGGAAAAUUGCCCUCCAUGAAUAACAUGGGUCUAAACAACUGCAGGAAUGAAAAGGAAAGAACAAGGUUUGAAAAUUUAGGCCCACAGUUAACAGGGAAACCCAAUGAAGAUGGAAAACUGGGCCCUGGUGUCAUUGAUCUUACAAGGCCAGAAGAUGCAGAAGGGAGUAAAGCAAUGAAUGGCUCUGCAGCUAAACUACAGCAGUAUUAUUGUUGGCCAACAGGAGGUGCCACUGUGGCUGAAGCUCGAGUCUACCGGGAUUCGCGGGGCCGAGCCAGCAGCGAACCACACAUCAAACGACCAAUGAAUGCUUUCAUGGUUUGGGCAAAGGAUGAGCGUCGAAAAAUUCUCCAAGCCUUCCCUGACAUGCACAACUCCAACAUUAGCAAAAUCCUAGGAUCUCGCUGGAAGUCUAUGUCAAAUCAAGAGAAACAACCUUAUUAUGAAGAGCAGGCACGGCUAAGUAAAAUCCACCUAGAAAAGUAUCCUAAUUACAAAUACAAACCUCGACCAAAACGUACCUGCAUUGUUGAUGGCAAGAAACUGCGCAUUGGUGAAUACAAACAACUGAUGAGGUCUCGAAGACAGGAGAUGAGGCAGUUUUUUACCGUAGGACAACAGCCUCAAAUUCCAAUCACCACGGGAACGGGGGUUGUCUAUCCUGGUGCUAUUACCAUGGCGACUACCACGCCAUCGCCUCAGAUGACAUCAGAUUGCUCAAGCACAUCUGCCAGCCCUGAGCCCAGCAUCCCUGUCAUUCAGAGCACUUAUGGUAUGAAGACGGACAGCGGAAGCCUUGCUGGAAACGAAAUGAUAAACGGAGAGGAUGAAAUAGAAAUGUACGAGGACUAUGAGGAUGAUCCCAAAUCAGACUAUAGCAGUGAAAAUGAAGCCCAUGAGGCAGUCAGUGCCAACUGAGGAGUGUUCACAGAAUUAAAGUACUCAGACUCUUUUGGGUUUUUUUGGGUUUUUUUUGAACAAAAGUUCUUAAAGAGCCUGCUUGCAUGUGUGGCUCCUACAGUUACAUCAGCAGAAUGGUCUUAAAUGUUUCUUAACGUGUGAGACAGAUUGUUUCCCUAAUUUUUCAUGAACUUGGGUUUUUUGUUUUUGUUGUUGGUUGUUUUUUUUAAUUUAGAUGAAGACAUAUAUUAAAUAACAGACAUCAGGACUUGAAAACUUAUAUGAAUCAAUAGCUGUCUUACAAGUCUUACCUUCUGUCUUUUUCCGUUUGGAUGCUGAUAAAGAUUUAAGUUACUGUUUUAGAUGGGGGUUAUACAUUCUCACUCAGGUAUGCUGUGCCAGCCUACAGGUUGUGAAUGUGUUUUUAUUCUGGAUUAUUUUAGAAAACAAAACCUUCAGAUUUCAUAUCGUGAAACAGAACAAGUCCACAAGUGUGCACAUCUGUGCAUCACAGCUUAAAAAAUAGUCUCUGAAUUCCAUUUUUUCCAUAUGUAUAGCUGAACUUCUGAUGUGCCAAACUUUUCAUAACUUUUGAAUCUUAACAUUUAAGAAAAAGUCUUAAAGGAGACACUGUAAAGUCUUAGACAAUCCUUUGACAUCUUAAGAAAAUCAUAUAUAUAAACCCUAAUUUUUUUUCCAGAAUAUGGUAAAGUACUCAGGAAUCUGGAGACAGGAUAUUCUUAAGUAGUGAACAUGGUUGCCAUAGUGCAUGUGCCCAAUUGCUUUUGCCUCUUGAUGUGCCAUUAGUGUGAAAUUUUAAGGAAGCACAAAGGAGCGUUCACCAGCUAUGGACUGGCCUGUCUUAGCAGUGUGAGGCCACCUCUGAUGACAUUCUCUACCCUUUUGUUUUUAACCCUUGCAUUCAGUCUUAACACAUUUUCUCUUAAAUAAGUUAUUCAUUCCAGAAUGUCAAGGGUCCAAAUACUUAAUAUUUAUUUUUAAAAGUACUGUUGGUGGCAUUACACUUACAAUUCUUUGUUGAUAUUUUAAAGAGCCCCUUCUUUCUCCUCUCCUAAAUUACACAGGUAUAUGAAAAUAAAGUGCACCUGCUACUAAAAUGAACAUGACACUUAUGAAUGAGAAAUUCAGUUGUUCCUGUAACAUUGUAUGUUCAAGGAGCACUUGGAAACAAUCUGCUAUAAGUAAUGCAAAAUAAAGUGAGUACUUUUAUAUGUACAUACAGUACAAAUAUUCCUUAAAAAAAUGGUGUUUAUAGUUAUAAACUUCUGUACUUAGAUAGCAAAGGCAGAUGUAAAAUCCAAGCUGCAUGUAGAGUCCAUCAUGAUGAAUUUCUAGAGCCUGUAGAAUCCUGCAGUGAAUCAUGGCUCCAUACAUCAUGUUCCUGUUAUGACCUGAAGGAGAACUAUUUGCCACCUUAAGUAUUUAUGCAGUGAUUUAUAUGUGAGACUGCUAGUGGGGGGGGGUGGGGAAGGCUACACAAAUGUCUGACUUGCAAAGCUGGCAAAAUGGUGCAUCAAAAAUAUUUAUUGAAUAUUAGUCAUGUGGGAAUGUGAGCCAGAUCUUGAUGAAUGCUUGUCAUGUGCUUUGGAAUCUUUGGAGGUAAGGUGCAAGAGAAACUAAAAUUUUUAUUUGUAUUACUGCGAGAAAUGAUGCAAAUGCUAGAGAAAAUUCUGGGAAACAGAGAGAUAUUCAAAGAUUGUGAAUUUAUUACAUUUCAGAGGCAGAGAAGAAAAUGCCUUUAUUUUUUUCCCUCACACUCCACUCCUGUUCACAAAUAUGUCACUGUAUAUAUAUAUAUAUAUAUAUAUAUGUAUGUAUAUAUGCAGAUCCAAUGGGCCUGAUGAAUUACGUACACUGAAGGUCCUCAACUCCUUCAGCUUUCAUUUUGAAUUGAAUAUGUUCAGCACAUUGGUGACAAAUUCAGGCGCAGGCUGAGAGGUAUGAGUGGGUCUAGAGCAGCUUCUCUUGAAUUCUGUGGGAAUCUUCCCACAGAUCGAAUGGGCUUUGUUCAAGACCCAGACAAUGAAAGAAGCACAGUGUUAAUGCUGGCUAUCCUCACACUACCAUCCUAUCUUGCAGAAAUUCAGGUGAGAUGCAAUGACAAGAGAGAACAGUCAUCUUCCUUGUAGCCCCUCUGAGACCUGUUUGAGCACAGAUAGCUAAUCGUUGCCACUGUAGGAACCACAUUUAAAUGUGCAAGAACAACCCCCAAGACAAAGAAUAUUGUUCAAUUUACAGGACAAUUUAUAAAGAUAAUGGCAUAGAAACACAAUGGUCAAAUUUCUCUGACCAUUUUGUAAUUUGGAACAAAAUGCUAUAUUUUUAAUAUUUAUUUAAAUGUGUUCUUAGUCCAUGUCUAAUAAGCAAUAAACUGGUCUAGCCAAGACUUUAAAGGCAUAUGCUGUGUCGUUAGCUGGUGAGCGCCCUCUUUACGCUGGCUAAGGUACUGAUAAAAGUGGGUUUUGUUCUUAUAAUUGCUUGGGAAUUUGAACUGGUUUUAAUACAUUCAGCUGAGAUUGGGGGGAGGAUACCAUUACUUCCUAAAAAAAUGGCUAUUUAUUAAUGUCUUACAUAAUCCUCCAGUUAGAAGUAUCUCUCCCUCCCCCCAUGUCACUUUCUUUUACUCUUGCUCUCUUUUUUUUUUUCCCUUG